AUGAAUUUCCUCCGGAGGCGUCUCUCAGACAGUAGUUUCGUGGCAAAUUUGCCCAAUGGCUACAUGAUGGACUUGCAGCGCCCUGACAACUCCACAAGCUCCCCGGUUUCUCCUGCCAUGGAGAGAAAGCAUCCGCAGCCACCACAGCCCUCACACUCUUCCUCUACUGGCACCAGCAUCUUCAGCUCCAUCUCCAGUGCCAUGAAGCAAACCACACAAGCGGCUGCAGGACUAAUUGACCACUCGGCCAGCCCCACACCGCCUGUGGCCCAGAAACCCAAGAUCCUCCUCGUGAUCGAUGACGCACACACAGACUGGGCCAAAUAUUUCCAGGGGAAGAAGGUCAAUGGAGAAUUUGAUAUCCGAGUGGAACAGGCUGAGUUCUCCGAGCUGAACCUGGCUGCUUAUGUCACCGGGGGCUGCAUGGUGGACAUGCAGGUCAUGAGGAAUGGCACCAAGGUGGUAAGCAGGUCCUUCAAGCCGGACUUUGUCCUGAUCCGGCAGCACGCCUACAGCAUGGCACUGGGAGAGGACUUCCGCAGCCUCAUCAUCGGCCUCCAGUACGGUGGCAUCCACACGGUGAACUCCCUCUACUCCAUCUACAACUUCUGCAGCAAGCCCUGGGUGUUCUCUCAACUCAUUAAAAUCUUCAACUCGCUGGGUCCUGAGAAGUUCCCCCUCGUGGAGCAAACGUUCUUCCCAAGCCAUAAGCAGAUGCUCACAACUCCCAAUUUCCCUGUAGUGGUCAAGCUGGGACACGCGCAUGCUGGAAUGGGGAAGGUCAAGGUUGAGAACCAGCACGACUUCCGGGACAUGGCCAGCAUAGUAGCCAUGGCCAAAACCUACGCCACCACCGAGCCGUUCAUUGACUCCAAGUACGACAUCCGAAUCCAGAAAAUUGGCAGCAACUACAAGGCUUACAUGAGGACGUCCAUCUCUGGAAACUGGAAGGCAAACACAGGUUCCGCGAUGCUAGAACAGAUUGCAAUGACAGAGAGGUACAGACUCUGGGCAGACGCCUGUGCGGAAAUGUUUGGAGGUCUUGACAUCUGCGCUGUCAAAGCUGUCCACAGCAAAGAUGGAAAAGACUAUAUCAUUGAGGUGAUGGACAGCUCGAUGCCCCUGAUUGGGGAGCACGUGGAAGAGGACAGACAGCUUAUAGCUGAUCUGGUUGUCUCCAAAAUGACUCAGCUUGUCAUCACUGCUGGAUCUACGCCGUCACCGCUGAGGCCUUGGCCUCCACAAGUUCAGCCUGCGUCAAUGAAAUCUCAGACUGGACCUCUGCUUGGACAACUGUCCCAACCACGGCCUCCUCCCCAAGGAGGACCACGCCAGCCUCAGGGAUCUCAGCCUCCACGGACAAACGCGCCUCCACAGCAGCGGCUCUCUCCUCAAGGACAGCAGCCCCAGAGUCCCCAGUCCACUUCACCUCAGCAGCAAAGGUCACCUGGAUCUCCACAGCAAGUCCGAUCAGCAACUGGGUCCUCUCCAGUCCAGGCUUCCAAGGCAGGAGUGUUCCCUCCACAGCAGCCUAGACCUCCUGCUCAAGGGCGUGCUCCUAGCCAGCCAAGCCCCACUGAAACGUCCAAGCAGCAAGCCACCCCACACCCACAUCUGAACAAAUCGCAGUCCUUGACAAACACCUUCAGCAUAUCUGAAUCAUCUCAGCGGGGAAAUGCCAAUGAAGAUGAAGCAAAAGCUGAGACCAUCCGCAACCUGAGGAAAUCAUUUGCUAGCCUGUUUUCCGAUUAACAGCCCUGCAGCUGGAUCCGUGCUUUACUCAGCCCUCACUCUUCAUACCAGCGUACCUGAUGUCAUCCUGGAAUACACCCAAUGGUACCCAGUGAUUUACAACUCACACCUGGGUAAAGGGAAUUUAGAAAACUAUAGUUGUUUUAAUACAAAGAAAAUAUUAUAAUAACGGUCUGAAAAGUGACUGUAUAAAAGUGGCACUAUUUCAUUAGGUUUUGUGCAUAAUCAGAAUCAUAUCUGUUUAAAUGACUGAAUUGUAAAGCAAAUUUUACUCUUGCUAACCCCUGUGGAGUCAACAUGUUAUGACAGUGCAAAUUAGAUUUUAUUUUCAUUUGUAUAUAGUCAAUACAAUCGCUAACUGCCAAUUACUGAAUCCUUGUUGAGGUCAAGCUAAAAAAAUAUAUAGGCUUAUUUCAGAAGAUGUGCAAAGAUGGAGUCAAGAGUAAGUAUUCAUUGAGCAUGCUUGAGCAUGGAAACACAGUGAACUGUGGAACUUCAUGAUACCAAUGUUAUAAAAAGUCACUUUUCAGAGCAAAACUACUUUCAAGUUAAAUAUGGUACCAGACAUCAGUAAGCACCAAAGAUCACAUGAGCAGGUCAUCCAGAUGGACUGCUGGUUUGCUCCAGAUCACUCUGCUCAUGGCAGAUAAAACAUCUCUGUUUCAUGCCUUGCAUUUAUGUCCCGUGCACGUGAUUCCUGAGUUCUGAGAGAAAAAUGUCAUGUUCUAACCCUGUAGCCUUAGCUCAAAAAUAACCUGAGAAAUGGGCCUUCCACACAGAAAAACAACUUCUUCCCCUGCCCCUGCAAACACCAGAGUUCACGUUCACAGUUCACACAAAUUCCAGACAAAACCCAGCUAAACUCCAAGCACUUUGGUGACUUGGUCACAUCUGGCUAAGUAUGUCCCCCAGGAACAUGAUUAAUUAAUAGCAGAGUUGAUGAAGUGUACAUACUUGUGUGCUGAGUGUUCCAUAAUACCGAACGGACAGACAGAUGGAGUGAAAUCCUGUCUCCAUCCUUGAACUCCCAUUGACUUCACUGGGGUGAGCGCAAAAUGAAUGCAAGGUGACAAACCUGCAAUAGAACAGGAAAACUAUCCUUUACAAAUAAGAUGAGCUGGGCUCCAUCCAGAGACACCAGGCCAUGGGAGGGCUUGUAUGGGAUUGCCCCGAGCAGGUAAUGAUCGGCACUAAGUCCUCCCCGACCACCCCCAAGAAUUAUUCUUCCAGAGAAGACAAGAGAUGGAUCUCUGCCAGGUGUGCUUUUCCUCCAAGCCUGCAACACAGGAUGAAGCUGUGUAUGAGCACAUAUACUAGAACUGGGACAUGGCAAAAACCAGGAAUGGCACAAGCUACAUCCACAAUUGAAAAAAACCCAUCUUGGGUAAAUCAAUGUAUCUAUGGCUAUUUCAACCAGCUGAGAACCUACCCCUUGCACCGUGCUAGUUCUAUUUACAACACACCUAAUGCAGGCGCCAGUCCCCAUCCCACCCCCUCAACUUUUCUUCAAGUUUUGUCAAGUACUUUAGUCACAAACUGUGCAUACAGCUUCAAGGCCAGACUUUUGACUUUGUGCUUCCCAUAGCAACUUCACCUUGAUGACACUUAGGAAUGCCCAGGGAGGCAGGGAGGUCAGUAAGUUAAAAACAUUUGAGCCAAUGGCACAGAUCUUUGCCAUCACUUAAACAGGGAGACCCCCAAAGCAGCAAAAGCAACAGCAGCAUUUGCCAUCUUGGAUCUUAUGACUCACUGGUGGGAAUAAAGCCAAACAAGCAAUUCCUUCCUGCAUAGCACCUGCAAUAAACAUCUAAAUCCAAUGCAGUCAUCUGGACCUUGUAUGACCUACCCCUGAGCAGGCCUUUACACACACAAUGGCUUUUGCGACCUGUGCGCUUUCAGGCAAGUAACAGCAUAGCUUUUCCAGGUUGGAAGGCACUCGAGAGACUCAUCUGGCUCAAUGAUUUAUACCUCAAGUUCAGUAUUAUAGAACCACCCUAUUCCCUGAUGAUUUUUUUUCCAGUUCUGUGUUGUCCUUCCAGCUUUGCUAAGCAGUUUACAAUGUAGCAUCAUAAAUACAUGUCAUUGCCUGAGAAAAAAAACAGACGCUGCUGUUUCACAGUCUCCAGGAGCAAUAAAAGAGUGACAAAUGGCCUUGAGCAAGCACUGUCCCACUGGCAAGAACAAUAGCAGAUUAACAGACUCCACUAUAUGGAAAGGAGGUAAUACAACCCUGGUGGGAGAGGAUUUCCUUCUGUAACACUUCCCUCAGCAUGGUCUAUGCCUUUCCCAACUAAAUGGUCACCAGAGAUGCAGAGACAAAAAUAAAAGUUUACUGCCAGAACCCUCAAUUGCUCUAUUCCCUGAAUCUUUUUAUGUCUCUGUUACCAACACAAUCCACGCAAAAAAUAAGUAAGCAGUGACUAGUAUGGCAUGGCCCCAUAAAUUGACCCCAGUUCAUCACUGAAACCACAAGGGUUGGAUCAUUUGUUGAUGCUGCAUGUGAACACAGCAGGGCUGUCCUCCAAUGGACCACAGUAACAGGAUAGCACUGUCAAUACCCAGCAGUGGCUCGGAUCUCUUUGUUUGCCUGCAGCUCCCAGCUGUCAUCUUUCAAGGGACAAGCAAGCAGAAUGGCAUCCCCCCUCCUCCUAGCUCCAGCUUGCAAAGACAAGUAAAAGUAACAGGCACUCUCAGCUUAACUGGGUUACUCCUAUAGCUCCCAAAAAGCAUCUUCGAUUCUAUCCACACAAGUCCUUUAAUGAAAAUGCUGAAUUAAUUUCCCAAGAUAAAAUUAUGAAACUCUAUACUGCCCCACGUAAAUAUUCCAACAAUAUACUUCAAUCUCCAACUAUGAUGCUCACAUACUAGAUGUUGAUGCAGUUGUGAAUCUCCUGCCAGCCACAUCAUAUAUUCAGGUUAUCACCUUUGAGGCAGGGUUUCUAUUCAAAAAUCCCUACAACCUAACAAAGCAAGAGACAGAGGGAAUACAAGGGGUAUACACUCCAUUUGAUCUGAUGGGGAACUAAGGUAUGCCCCAAGAGGCAUUUAGGUACCUAAAUAUAACAGCUGGAGUCAGGGGCAGUAAGAAGGCAACAGAAAAGUUGAAUAAAGUUACAUUUAAAUCCCAGUGCAGACAUGCCCCAGAGCAUGCCUUGGGGUCUUUAUCACACAGCUGUGAAAACUGAGCACCUGGUCAGGGCUUCCCUUUUGUCCUGCCUGCUUUAAUUUUCUUCACAUGGAAGCCAGGAAACACAAACAGAUUUGCAUGUUUGGAUCUGGCCCAAGAAGGAGCUGGGACACACCUAAGACACCCGCUCAUAUCCACCACCUGGAAAAUCAAUUUUGCUGUUCAGAUACAGAUUGAGAAGCAUCUUGCCUUUCUUGUAAUAUCUAGGUGUGGUAUUUCAUGAGGAAUGUCACUUAUGUUCCCAUGCAACUAAAAGUCUUGUAUAAAUUUAAGGUUCAGAAGAAUCGCAGUCCCACUCCAGUAACUGCAGCGGUAUCUUCUUUUUCACUAACCACAGGCAGGUACAUAAGACCUUACACCCUGCAUAUGACCAAGCUACUUCAGCUGGUUGGCUUAAGUUCCACGAAUAAGAUAAAACAAUACAUAGAAAAGCCAAGGACAAUAGUUCCUUAUUUCCAAGUGACUAACAGAUGAACAGCACGGGUAAGGAAUGCCCACCUUCAGGCAUUUCAUCUUUUGAGAUUUCUCUUCUGCAGAGUUUGCAAAUGGCAGUGACACUCACACCUGGCUGAGUAGCUGGUGAAUAAACAAAAUAAGCAGCUAGUUUUCAAAUAUUUCUGCUGUUUCGUCUUCUAAUUUUAUACCAUUGGUCCUGACAUACUCACUUUAUAUUUCAUAUCCUGUUCUAUGAAUAAGGGAACUCCUCUUUAGGGAACUCGGCAGUUGAGAAGUCAGGCUCCCGUAUCUUUGGUUCACAAUAGCUUUACUACAAUGUGAAGGAACAACAAAGAAAGGGAAGGAAUAGCUUCAGGUCACUUUGUGGCAUAUCUGUACAAAGGUUGAGUUCAUUUCUUCAAAAACAGAUGUUCAAAUGACAAAAUCCAGGAUAAACAGAACCUGUGGCAUCAGCCUGGCAGAAGGAUGACGAGGCUGUCUUCAUGGCAGGGAGGGCCCAAAUCCAGAGCGGCAUGGGGCACACCAGCAGAGCGAGCAACCUGACUGUCAUCAAGGCACCGGUAAAGCAAGUACCAUUGGCACUACAAAAUUAACUCCUCUCACACAUAUAGAGAUCAUAGUUCCCAGAAAUAGCUUGAAAAAAGUGAGAAAUUACAAAUUAUUUUAUCAGUUAAAGCUGUAUAGCCUUAUCUGAAUAUCACAAGGACAAUGGUGCAAGACCAACACAGUGUAGAUUCCCCUUUUCCUUUUUAUAGUCAGUGGAAUAUAAAGAAUUACUAAGCUCUAAGAGGCCUGACUACACACUUAAGUGAAAACUCUGCUGGAACAAGGCAAUUCAACCGCUGCAGGCAAAUGUUAAAAAAAUUAAGGCCAGUCUUGGUAUUGAAGGGAAACCACUGCCCCCUCACUCUAUGAAUACAUACUCUUAGGUGUUUUAUCAUGGCAGGAUUUGCACUGGUAUGCCGCUGCUGUGAAGUAGAAAAGGGAAGAAAGAAGAAAUACAACUUUUGACAGCAAAAUAUUUUACUUCCAUGGGAGCUGAUGGCAAAACUUCCUGACCCUACUGAAGUCAACUGAUUUUAUACAAAACAAGUAGAUGAAUCACUGAAAUAUCACCUGAAAAAGCACGUAAGUAUUACUGAUUAAAUAGCUUGUAUUUAAUAGGAA